CGCGCGCUGGGGGCCUUGCAAUGGCCCAUUCCUUCUUUCUCCCACUUCUUCCGGCUUUAAUUCGUGCUUUCCCUGUGUUGUACAUGCUGUGACAUAAGACUUGUAAUCCCGCCAGCUGACCUAUUUCCCUUUUUCUUGUCUCGACUCGACUUUUGACUACGCCAUCCACAACAAACAACCACCAACCACCCACCCACGAUGGCUCUGCACAUCCAGCAGAAAACCCCGGAGGGCAUCGACCUCUACGCUCGCUUUGCGCUCGCCGGUGCGCUGGGGUGCUCAGUUACCCACGGCGCUUUUACACCAGUCGAUGUCGUCAAAACGAGGAUCCAACUCGACCCCGCGACCUACAACCGCGGCAUGAUCGGCGGGUUCCGCCAGGUCAUCCAGAACGAAGGCGUGCGUGCGCUUGCCACGGGGUUCGGUCCCACGUUUGCUGGAUACUUCAUGCAAGGCGCUUUCAAAUUCGGAGGCUACGAGUUCUUCAAGAAACAAUCGAUUAAUCUGCUUGGGCUUGAAAAGGCACGCCAACACCGCGCGGCGGUGUACUCUGUUUCUGCGGGUUGUGCUGAGUUCUUUGCUUCGAUAGCGCUGUGUCCGCUUGAGGCGACUCGGAUUCGUCUGGUGUCGACACCGGGUUUCGCUAAUGGUUUGAUCGGUGGGUUUGGCAAGAUUCUCAGGACAGAAGGUGUUGGCGCUUUGUACUCUGGGUUUGGUCCUAUUCUCUUCAAGCAGGUCCCGUACACAAUCACCAAAUUUGUCGCUUUCGAAAAGAUUUCCGAGGCCAUUUUCGCCCUCUUUGACAAGUCGACAAUGUCAAAUGGUGCCCAGACCACCGUCAAUCUGGGCUCUGGUCUUCUUUCUGGUUUCGCUGCUGCUAUCGUGUCACAGCCUGCUGAUACCAUGCUUUCCAAGAUUAACAAGACACGGGGUCUUCCUGGUGAGAGCACCGUCUCGCGUUUGAUCAAGAUUGCUGGAGAGCUGGGUAUCCGGGGCUCUUUCACGGGUCUUCCUACUCGUCUUUUCAUGGUGGGUGGACUUACUGCGGGUCAAUUUGCGUUGUAUGGAAGUAUCAAGAGAGCGCUGGGUGCUACCAGUGGUGUUGAGAUUGCCAAGUAAAAACCAGGUGUAUCUCCUAGUUCCUCGAUAGUUGCGAUAUAGACAGGGAAUAAACCAUUAGAUCGAAAAAUAGUGUAAAAAUAGGACAUGUCUCAGUAUAUCUUUCUACCAGGGUACUUCACUCAUGUAAAAUGACGACACAAUUGAUUUCAGGAC